AUGGUCGAUUCAGCCCUGUUCAGUUUGAUCUUUAGGCGAGCUGAUAUCCUUGACCCCAGCAAUGAUCCCAACGUUGGGUCUUCCCGAGGCAAUGCCUCCUCAACAACCUCCGAAGCUAUGGAAAACCUUGGAGUCGAAGACUCGACGUCCCUCUCGGCUUUCCUGACAACCCUAGUUCCAGCAUUGAUAAUCGCGGUGUUUUGGUUCGGGCUGUUUUUGAUCUGUCGAAGAACACAGCUUCGAUGGUACGCGCCUAGAACACACCUGCCAUGUUGGCACAAGCAUGAACGAAGUCCUGAGCUGCCAUCAGGAUUUGUCAACUGGUUUGGACAUUUUCUCAAAUUAUCGGACACCCAUGUUCUUCACCACUCAUCUAUGGAUGGUUACCUCUUUCUUAGGUUCUUGAGGGUCCUGUGUUCUAUCUGCUUUACGGGAUGUGUGAUCACAUGGCCGAUAUUACUCCCGAUCCAUGCGACUGGAGGAGCCGGAAAUACUCAAUUGGACGCCCUCAGUUUCAGCAAUGUGAAAAAUGGAAAGCGAUAUUAUGCCCAUUCUGCCAUGGCAUGCAUCUUCUUCACUAUUGUGUUUUAUACAGUCACUCGAGAGAGCAUCUUCUAUGCCAAUUUGCGCCAGGCAUACCUGAACUCGCCUGCAUACGUCAACCGUAUAUCUUCCCGAACCGUGCUGUUCAUGUCAGUUCCUGAUGAAUACAAGAAUGAAAAGACAUUGCGACAGGUCUUCGGGGAUUCUAUUCGACGCAUCUGGAUUACAUCGAAUUGCAAGGAGUUGCAAAAGAAGGUCAGGAAGAGAGAGGGGCUUUCUUACAAGUUAGAGAAAGUUGAGACAAAACUGAUUCGACGGGCCAACUCGGAACGCAUGAAAACCCUCAAGAAAGGGGGUACUCCUUCAGAUGACCUUCAAGACUGCGAAAAGACCUCUUCUUGGUACCAUGGCAUACACAGACCAACCCACCGUCCCAAAAUCUUUGAAAAGAGAGUGGAUACUAUCAAUUGGCUUCGAAAGCAACUCGUCGAAGUCUCAGAGGAAGUAGAGCAACUUCAGCAGAAACAUAAGAAUGGGGACGUGAAGCUCCUUUCCGCUGUUUUCAUCGAGUUUAAUACGCAGUCUGAUGCUCAGAUUGCACUUCAAACUCUAUCCCACCAUCAACCACUGCAUAUGACUCCACGAUAUACCGGAAUUUCUCCCAGAGAAGUGGUUUGGUCUGCCCUAAAUCUCAGUUGGUGGCAGCGCAUCGUCCGCAAGUUUCUUGUUAAGGGUGGCAUAGCAGCGCUUGUUGUUUUUUGGUCAAUUCCAUCUGCAUUGGUCGGAACUGUUUCCAAUAUCACAUAUCUCACGGGUAUGUUCCCGUUCCUGGGCUUCAUCGAUAAGCUUCCAGGGACGAUUAAGGGUGUAAUUGCCGGGCUGUUGCCUUCCGCUGCCCUCGUGCUUCUGAUGUCUUUGGUUCCUAUAAUCUGCCGAUUUUGUGCACGACGUGCCGGCGUCCCCUCAACCUCGCGAGUGGAGCUGUUCACCCAAAGCGCGCAUUUCUGCUUCCAGGUAGUCCAAGUGUUUCUCGUGACGACUUUAACUUCCGCUGCUUCUGCUGCAACUGCACAAAUCAUCCAAGAUCCCUUAUCGGCCAAGGACCUCCUUGCUGAGAACCUGCCCAAGGCGACCAACUUCUACAUCUCGUACUUCCUGCUCCAGGGCCUCACCAUGAGCUCUAUGGCAGUAGUGCAGGUGGCCGGAGUCCUGGUCUUCAAGUUCAUGACCACAUUUUUUGAUCGUUCCCCUCGACAUCUAUACCAGCGAUGGUCUGCCCUUAGCGGCAUAAGCUGGGGCAACGUCUUCCCUGUGUUCACCAACAUGGGCGUCAUAGCCCUAACCUACUCCUGCAUCGCCCCUCUGAUCCUCGGUUUCGCCUUCAUCGGCCUCUACCUCGUCUACCAAGCCUACCGCUACAACUUCCUCUUCGUCUACGACCUCGAAACCGACACCAAAGGGCUCGUCUACCCCCGAGCCCUCCAACACCUCCUCACAGGCCUCUACCUCGCCGACAUCUGCAUGAUCGGACUCUUCGCUAUCCGCGGCGCCAUCGGCCCCCUCAUCAUAAUGGCACUAUUCACCCUCCUCACCAUCCUCGCACACAUGUCCCUCAACGAGGCCCUCGCCCCCCUCAACUCCUUCCUCCCCCGCACGCUCGAAACCGAAGAAGAAGCCCAACAAGCCAAAGAAGAAGCCUACACGCUCGAGCACCCCCCUCCACGCCACCGCUGGGCCUCGGUCUGGAAAUGGUUCCACCCAAACCUGUACCGUGACUAUGCGGCGCUCCGCCGCAAGGUCCGUCGCAACCACGUCGAGAUCACGUAUUCGGAAGAAGAGCGCUUCAACGCUUACUUCGAGCCGUGUAUUACGGCGCGCACGCCCACGCUGUGGAUCCCCCGCGACAAGUGGGGCUUCAGUCAGCAGGAGAUUCUAGAGACGGAUCCCAUAAUCCCGAUCACGGAUGAGGGCGCGCAUCUCGAUGAGAAGAAUAAGAUCGUUUGGGAUAAGUAUGAUCCGAACUUGCCGUUUUGGGAGAGGAAGGUUCUGUAUUGAUUGGAGGAUGGUGGUGAGAUGGAAGGGGGUGUUGGAUUUGGUUGGUUGGUUUAAGCGGUUAUGAUUUAUGGGUUAUGGUUAUGGAUAUGGCUGUGGUGAAAAGUAGGUGUUGGAACUGGUGUUUAUGGGCUUGUGCUUUUGUGCUACGUAGUUGAGUGUUCAAUAACUGUUUAGUGUGACUUGU